AUGGAUGGAAAAGAUAUUGGAAGAGGUAUGGGCAUGAAGUUGUUUCUUGAAUAACUAUUUAGUCCAGAACGACAGACUAUUAGUUUGUGGUGCAGAUUCACGUUAAGAUUUUACAAAGGUUUCUUUAAUGUUGCACAUUAAUGCAUUGUGCGAUUUCAUGUACGAAUUGAAACUCUGCAGAAAUUAUAGCUGUUGUGGUCCUGAAAUUGACAUCCUGGUAUGGUUAAAGAAUAGGAUGUGGAGAAGGUCACUUUUUACCUGUUGCUUUACAUUUUAGUUCCUUUUUAUCAUGAUCUUCCUGAAAAGACGUCUGUUGUGAUCGAUUUAAGCUCUCUGUUCAAUGUAGUCCUCUCUGGCUGCCCUGGUAUGUCCCUAGGUACUACCACUUCAGUGCUAUUUUUAAGGUUGAAAGUAUGAAUGUGUGCAGCCUUCUCUGGCACUUUGACUCAUGCGAGGUGUCACCAUGUUAUGAAUUGCCCUCUAUAAUUGACAAUCAAGAAUGAUGCCCUAGAACUGUGUGUGCAGUUAGCAGGUAUUUUGAAAUGUAGGUCCAGAAACUGGUUUGUUUUACUGUGUGCUCUAUAAAAGUCUAUUUUUUUUUUUUUUUUUUCUUCUUCUUCUUCUUCUAAGGGGAACGGUAACUGGUGAGAAUUAGGUUCCUCCAAACUGGAGAAGUAUUGUCCCAUUGCUCUAGUGCCCUGCCUUAUAGAACACCCAGUUCUUGGUCUAUGAUGGUUGAACAUCCUUAAUCAAUGUGCUUAAGAUAUCAAGAAUAUGUCCAGGCUGGCAGGAAUCUGUCACCUGGAUUCAAUUCAUAUGCCACGAGGAGCACCCUAUGAGCCUGGGCAGAUAAGGGACCUUCCAUUUUUGUUUACACAGAUAUCCCUGGCUCAGCUUUGAGAAACUAGAAAGAACCUUGGUAGUUAGAUUUCUUUCAUAUUUAACUCUGACAACAUUUGCUCUAUUUAGAGUAUGGUUUUAUUGGAGUAUGAAGCUGUGCAGAACUGUUUUUAUUUCAUAAUAAAAGACUGUACUUGCUCAAACAUGGUAAUUGUUUUUAUGAUUUAUUGUAGACACACUCUCCUGUCUUACAGUGGACAUGUUUUGUUAUUACUUUCCUGUUUACUGCAUCAGCCUCUUUUACCAUGCUGGUUGAGUGGCUUGAUGCCUAUAAAUCCCAGUCAGAUGCCCAUUGAAAUUCUCUACAGUUUCUUCUCCAUGUGUACCCCUUUUCUGGAUGAGAAGAGUAUACCUACUAGACUUGUGCACAAAUCCUGUUCAGUUGUGCUGAAUGAAUCAAAUGCAUGUUAAUCGCUAGAUUAAUUUUAUGAACAAUUUAGUUUGUUCGUCCAACGAUUAACAAAAAUUUGAUUUCUUAAGCACAUUUAGACAAAAUUUGUGUACAAAUCUAAUACCUACACUGCUAUAUAUACAAAUGACACAAAAUGUCUCUCACCUUUAAAAUCAGAAUGAAUUGUUUUCCCCUUGCCUGGAGACCUUACUAGUAGGGGGAACUUCAUGCUUUAUCUGGAUUCCUUAAGCAGCUCAUUUUGAAUCGUGGAUCUAGACAAAGAUCGUUUCUUUUGGAAUUCUCACACAAGGAAAUCCAUUGGAUAAAUUGGUAUACCAACUGGUGUAGUAGCCAUGACCAUAUCCUAGUGGUGCGGUCCCAGGCCUUGAAUGAACAAUCUAAGAAACUUAUCCACAGAGCUCAAAUUAGUGAAUGUAAGAAAUACCGUGGCAAUAGAAUGUACAGAUAGAAGUCCUUCAAACUGGUGGUUAUGGAAUUAAAAACAUAGGGCUUGCUACAGACGUCUUUUUUUCUCCAUCAGUGAGGAAUGUUUAGCGAGCUGCCUACUGCAAAACCAGUCUCUGCUAGCUCUGUUUAGUUAAUCCACUUGCCCUGCCUUAUACGCUGGUUAGUAGUUUGUGGUAUUUUAGAAUUAAAAUGAAUAUUCUACAGGCUGUUUUGUCUGUCAUUGGCUUUAUCUGUCAUGUCUGUAUGGAUAUAAUACAUUAAAAAUGUGAUAAAUAUCAAUAUGUUCUACUUUACUUUUCAUCUUGAAUUUGUGUUUCUUCUUAAUUUAGAAUGCUAAACAUGCUCCCCCCUCCUUUCUGUUCAUUUAAGGGUAACCAUUUUUUGUUAUAGUGACCACAUGUUUUUUUCCUUCUCCCCACCAGGUACUGGCUAUAAAAUUAAAGAUCUAGAAAACCUUGAGGAAGGCCAGACAUUGAUGAUCGGUGGCAAAGAAAUUGAAGUCAUGGGUAUAAUUUCAUCAGAAGAUUACAAUAGUGGCAGGUGUUUCCAUUCUGUUGUGACAUCUUCUACUCCAGCAGCUUCAGAAUGUAUGCCAGUAAAACCUUUCAUAAACCCAUUGAAGAAUGCCAGCACUACUUGCGGCAAAGAACAAGUAUUCAGAGAAGUUCAGAAUUGUAAACCUCGACAUGACCCAAAUGCACCAAGUAAGUCUUUCUAGUGUUGGCUUUUGUUUGGCCGUUGUACAGAACACUGAUGAUACUAUUGUACGCAGUACUGUAGACCGUAUCUCCAGAAGGAUAAUUGAUACUUUAGAUAGAGUUCUAAACUGGUUCAUGGAUUGCAGGAUAAAACUUACCAGGAAUGGUUAAAGGAUCUCAACAUAUAUAGCUUGGAAAUAAGACGAGACGGGGGGGUGGGGAUAUGAUAGAAACAUUUAAAUACAUAAAGGGAAUCAACACAGUAAAGGAGGAGACUAUAUUUAAAAAAAGAACUACUACAACAAGAGGACAUAGUCUUAAAUUAGAGGGGCAAAGGUUUAAAAAUAAUUUCUGGAAGUCUUACUUUACUGAGAGGGUAGUGGAUGCAUGGAAUAGCCUUCCAGCUGAAGUGGUAGUUUAGGAGUUUAAGCAUGCGUGGGAUAGGUAGAAGGCUAUCCUAGAUUUAAGAUAAGGCCAGGGACUAAUGAAAGUUAUUUAAAAAAUUGGGCAGACUAGAUUUUCUAUGUAUUGCAUUUAUGUUUGGAACAUACUUUUUGUAUCAAAUAGUAACCAAACAUUUACAAGGAAGUCCAAGUGGAGUUAUUCUGUACAAUUAAAAUUAGGGAACCAUGCACACUCAAACAAAACUACAGAAGCAAAUAUAAAUUUCACCAAGUAUUUGACAAAAUUAUUUUCUAGAUGUAUGCAUAAUCUCAGGAUAAAAAAAACAACUUACACAUCAUGAACUAUGGUACAUAGAAAACAUGAAAAAGUGAGUCAAAAAAGUAAAAGAUAACACAGACUCAAUAAAAAAAAGGACCCGACCCAUAGAGGACACGCAAAAUAUAAAGAUAAAAAUAGGCUACAAAAUUUCACCAGUCGAAUUCCAACAGUACCACACUAUAAUUGUGAUUAAAUGGUUCUUCCUGUAUAUUUGGAGUUUUAACUUUAAAGUCCAAAUUGCAUGCAGGUGAAGUCCAUCACAUCAAUUGUAGAAUAUAAAGCUUGCAAUGGACGUAUUCUCCCCUUAGUGAAUACACUGACCUCCAGCGUUGAACGGCAAUAUUAUUUUCAUAAAGCAGCUAAAGAAAACAAAUAAACAAGAACAGCACAAAGAGAUAUAAUAUGCAAAAAUUAUGCACAAGUUAGCCUGGACCAAAAAGUUAGAAAUACAAAAAAAAAUAAAAAAUCAGAGAAAGCACAAACUGCUAAAGAAAAGCUACCCUUAAAACAAUGUGAUUGCGUUGGGAAACAGUUUCCCAUAUGGCAGCACUUAUUCAAAAGUUCUGGAACGUUCUCACCCAAAUUGUUGGUGAUAAGUGGUAAAAUAAUUUGCAUGGAGGUAUCCCGACUGUAGUGUGUGUCCUAAAAUGAGGUGCCCAAUGGUAUUCAAAAAAGGAGAGAGAAUAAGGUUGCGCCGAAAAUAUAUUAAAAUAUAGCAAAAAAAAAAUUGUAUAUUUAAGGUAAAAUGUCCAGUAUCACAUGUAAAUUACAGAUAAAAUGAGUAACAAAAAUAAAAUAUAAAAAAGUCUUUAACUCCUUAAGGACCAAACUUCUGGAAUAAAAGGGAAUCAUGACAUGUCACACAUGUCAUGUGUCCUUAAGGGCUUAAGAGAAACAGCCAAUCUUGAUAGAGUUCUUGAGGAAUUUCUUAUCGUUCCAGAAGUGUAUGCAAGACACAAGGGAAAACAAGGGAACUCCAAUGGUAUAGUAAAUAAUGCAAAAUGGAUAAAAAAUAGAAAGGUAGAAAAUGGCUUGCCAUUUUCUGCCUUUCCAGUUUUGGAAUCAUCACCAUUGAAAAUAUCUGGAGACCAUACAUACCACAUAUAUCCCAGAAGUGAGAAUCAUUUUCACUUCGUGCUAUACACACCAGAGCUGGAUAAAGCUCUGGUAAAUGUGAGUAGAAUAUAUCCCAUCUAUUUUGUAUCCAUUUUGCAUUGUUUACUACACCAUUGGAGUUCCCUUGUUUUCCCUUGUGUCUUGCAUAUACUUCUGGAACGAUAAAUUCCUCAAGAACGUUUUUUACUCUGUCAAGAUUGGCUGUUCCUUUUUAAAGACUUUUUUUAUAUUUUAUUUUUUACUCAUUUUAUCUGUAAUUUACAAAUUAUACUGGACAUUUUGGUAAAUUUUUACAUAUUUUGGGCGCAACCUUAUUCUCUUUCUCCUUUUUUGCUGCUAAUUGUGGGGCGCUUGGAGGGAACCCCUCUCUAUCUUAAGGUGUGCUGCCCUAAAUCCAACUUUAUUUUGUGAUUUUAUUUAGCGCUGACCCUUUCUUGAAAUUUUACCCAAUGGUAUUCGGCAUGGAGUGUAGUUGACGUAGCAGUAAGUUCCCAGGAGGACUAAUUGACUACCUCCCCUCUCCCUUCAAAGGCCCUGAUGGUGGAAUUAAUAUUUGCUUCUGUAAACAUUUUUUGUUUGCAUGGCUCCAUAAUUUUAUGUAAUCUAAUGUUUGGGUUGUUUGGGAUCCUCCUUGAACCUGAUGCACCUAUAUGGAUGAGUGCCAGGGCUAAUUACUUUUUCUUCCCCCCCCCAAAUUUGAUUUAUUAAUCAUGAUUGCCAUUGUAGCUGUAUGGUAAACAUAAUUUUCCCUCCUCUUUUCCUGGCUGUACAUUUUAUGUUUAAGAAACAAAAUUUGGGCAAAACGUUGCCACAUUUGCUAUCAUACUCUUCUGAUUCUCCUCCUAUAUGAAAUAAUUUGUGUUUUUGCUCACAUUAUUUUUGCUACUUCCACCUGUCCAGCACCUCUCUUACAGUUUUCUAAUAUUCUGCUUUAUCUGAAUUUGAAUAAUUUUGUUUGUCUACGUGAUCUGACUUUGCAUUUAGAAAAAUAAAAUAAAAAAAUGUUUACACUAUGAUAAAUGGUUGCAGAAUUUGUGUUCUAUUUUUUUUUUUUUCCAGACUCUCUAGUGAUGUCAAAACCUACCCAGUAUCACCAGCGAAUGUUCAACAAGGCCAGCUUACCUAUUGUAGAUGUGGUGGUGGACCCAUACUUAUCUGUUCAUCUUAGACCUCAUCAGAAAGAAGGCAUUCUCUUCCUUUAUGAAUGUGUAAUGGGAAUGCGGUAAGAUAGAAAUGCUACAUGCAAAGUAAUGGUCAGGGGUGUUGGAUUAUAUUUCCCAUAAUGCUUUGCGUGUCUUAUUUAUUCAUUUAUUUAUUAAAUAUUUUGCCAGGAUGGAUACAUUGAGAUUUCUCUUGUUUUCAAGUAUGUCCUGGGUGUAAUACUGUGAAAUAUAGACCAAUAUCACUUAGAAAUCCAGAAUUGUAUGGCUCACUUAGGAAAGGAGACUUUUUAAUUAUUAUUAUUAUUUUUUUUUUUUUUUAACCAACCAAACCAAAAAUCUUCUCUUUUCAUAAACUCCAUAGUUAUUUUAUCAUUUUUAAUGUCUGUAUCAUAUAUUUUAUAUUUGUCAGAUCCAGGAGCAUGUGGAGUGUUACAAAUAUAAAAUAAAAUACAGAAUUACGUGCUGCCAUUUUGUGACAUGUAUUCCUUGUGCUUUAGCAGCAGAGUUGGAAGUAUUAUAAGAUCUCAUAUUGCAAUAUGGCCAGUUUAGCUACUAAAUAGCGCAGUUUCUAGACUGGAUUCCCUAGUGGGCAUGCAAAAAAAAAUAAAAAAAAAUCUAAAACAAGUAUGGACGUUGCCCCUUAACAGAUUUUUUCCAAGUACUGCCUUCCUCAAACAAACACCUAGAUGUAUAUGUGGAAAUAAAUGAGAAUAUAAAUAGUAAAUAAAUAUAUACAGAUGUGCCACACACAAUUUCAGAGUGUGCAUUCACUGUAUUUUGAUCCUAACUGUUUAGUAUGCACUCACUGUGUCGGAUCCUUACUGUACAGAAUGCACUCACUGUGUCAGAUCCUUACUGUUCAGCAUGCACUCACUGUGUCGGAUCCUUACUGUACAGAAUACACUCAGAUAAAGCAGAAUAUUAGAAAACUGUAAGAGAGGUUGGAUCCUUACUGUUCAGCUUGCACCCACUGUGUCGGGUGUACAGAAUGCACUCACUGUGUCAGAUCCUUACUGCUCAGCAUGCUCUCACUGUGUCAGAUCCUUACUGUUCAGCAUGCACUCACUGUGUUGGGUCCUUACUGUACAAAAUGCACUCACUGUGUUGGAUCCUUACUGUACAGAAUACAUUCAGAUAAAGCAGAAUAUUAGAAAACUGUAAGAGAGGUUGGAUCCUUACUGUUCAGCUUGCACCCACUGUGUCGGGUUUUAACGGUUCAGUAUGCACUCACUGUGUCGGAUCCUUACUGCUCAGCAUACACUCACUGUGUUGGAUCCUUACUGUUCUGCAUACACUCACUGUGUUGGAUCCUUACUGUUCUGCAUACAUUCACUGUGUUGGAUCCUUACUGUUCAACUUGCACCCACUGUGUCGGGUCCUUACUGGUCAGCAUGCUCUCACUGUGUCGGAUCCUUACUGUUCAGCAUGCUCUCACUGUGUCGGAUCCUUACUGCUCAGCAUGCACUCACUGUGUCGGAUCCUUACUGCUCAGCAUGCACUCACUGUGUCAGAUCCUUACUGCUCAGCAUGCACUCACUGUGUCGGAUCCUUACUGUUCAGCAUGCACUCACUGUGUUCUCUGUUGCACAAUUGUGGAGCCAGAAUCCAUGUAGAAAAAAGCCUUGAAAUAUCUAUUGAAUCAGCUCCAAGAAGUCCUGUUAUGCCUCCACUUGAUUAUUGUGAACCACUCUACCCAGCAUUAUCUAUGAUUUUGAAUUUUUCAGUGGUUAAUUGGUAAUCUGUGAUAGUGCAACCACCAUAUCUUUCUGUUCUCAGUCUCUAUCUGCAAGAAGAAGCAAGCGCAGGAGGUCUGUUCAACCAAUGUGACAAAUCUCUUGCUUGCACAUUGUAGGUAUCAGGUUAAUUUAUGUAGCUGAGCGCAGUGUUGGGUUCCAGCAAAAAUGGGGAUCUUUGAAAAUAUCCUGCACAGGCUCUUCUCUGUCUUAAUACCUUAACAUGCAGGGUCAAGAUUUGGCUCUGGACUUGAGUCAUUCAAUAUUUGAGAUCCUCCACUUUAUUCUAUUAGUAGCUACGUGAUAUAAGAUAUGUCUGGCUUUAACUUUUUUUAAAAAUACCGUUUUAUUUGAAACAGUCAUGUCCUUAUCACAGCUGGGUAGCAGUGCCUUCUUCUAGCCUUGCUGUAGCCACCAGCAGAAUUGGUCUUAUCCCUCUGCUUAACACACAGCAAAAUGUCUAUAAUAGUUGUCAAUUAGGAUACUCAGAAAACCUGAAGCAGGACUAAGUACUGAUAGAACCUCUUGUUUAAUGUUUCUAUACAAUUUAAUCUGAGUUUUGUUUCUGUAGGGCUAAUGAGCGUUUUGGAGCAAUCCUUGCUGAUGAGAUGGGUUUAGGUAAAACAUUACAGUGCAUAUCUGUGGUCUGGACUCUUCUGCGUCAGGGCCCUUAUGGAGGAAAACCCAUCCUAAAGAAAACGCUCAUUGUAACUCCAGGCAGUUUGGUAAAGAACUGGAGAAAAGAAUUUCAGAAGUGGUUGGGCACAGAGCGAAUACGAGUAUUUGCAGUUGACCAGGUAGUGUAACUCUGAUUUAUUUAAACUAAAAUUACAUUUCUUUUUAAUUGCUUUUCUUUCUGCAGUUACUGACCUAUUUAGCCAUGUAUGGUUUUUUUUGUGUUUUAAAGCAAAAGCAGGAAAAUGGCUUAUUCCCUUAAUGCAAAUCUGUUAUGGUUUUUAAAGGAAUACUCUAGCUUUAGUAAUACAAAUCUGUUUUCGUAAUGCUAGAGUGUUACACUAGCUAGUUAGAUUAAGUCCCCAAGAAGUAAUAAAAAAAAAUAAAAUACUGAUGGUCUCAGCAAAGCCAAUUCUUCCAAAUACGGGAAACAUUGUGUUGCAUGGCAAUCUCCGCAGUGCUCCAAUCGGCAUCUCCUCAUAAAGAUGUUUUGACAUCAGCAAAGAAACACUGAACACUCCCCAUGAAGACGCACUAUUUGCAGGACAGCAUACAGGGAAUUGAGGGUUGUAGCGGUCUGAGUGACGGCCACUAGAAGUGGCAUUAAGCAGCAGUGUAAACAAAGACAAGGCUGCAGGGACACUCUCUUUGCCCCAGAACCACUAAAUUAAGUGGUUCUAGUGCUUAGAUAGUACUUAAAGGAACAUUCCAGUGCCAGGAGAACAAUCAGUUUUCCUGGCACUGCUGGUCCCCUCUCCCUCCCACCCCCCAUCCCAGGUUGAUGAAGGGGUUAAAACCCUUGAGUGACUUACCUGUAUCCAGCGCUGAUGUCCCACGGCGCUGGUUCAGGGUCCGCCCACGCUCCUCCCCCGCCAACUUCAUCUGGCGGGGGAGACCUAAUGCGCAUGCGCGGCAAUGCAGCGGACUCUCAUUAGACCUCCCCAUAGGAAAGCAUUGAAAGAAAAUCUGUGCUAUAAACCUGGAAGUGCCCUCUAGUGGCUGUCUAGUAGACAGCCACUAGAGGAGGAGUUAACCAUGCAAGGUAAAUAUUGCAGUUUAUGAAAACUGUAAUAUUUACAGUUGCAGGGUUAAGGGUAGCGGGAGUUGGCACCCAGACUACUCCAAUGGGUAGAAGUGGUCUGGGUGCCUUGGGUUUCCCUUUAAGUUUUUUUUUAUUUUUUUGCAUGGCAAAAAUUACGUAUCUAAAAUAUAACGCUUAAAAUUUAGACCAUAUUUCACAUAUACAAAUGGACACUGUCAUAGGAUUAACAGGUGACACGUAUCACUGUAGGUAUAGGGACUGCAUAUCCUCCUCCAGUUGCAUGUGUGUGACACAAAUCGUCUCAACCAUGUUGAUGCUAUAAACAUCAUUUAUCUACAUAUUUACAUGGCAAAUCUCAGUCAUCAAUCAUGUUACAAAAGACAAGUAAUUACAAUUUUCAUGUCGGACCAAUGGUUGAAAGCCCAUAAUUUUAAAUAGUCUCUACAUUUAUAAAACCAUUACGUUUAAAGUGGCUCAUAAAUAGAAAAAAGUAGCAUAUAUCCAAAUUUUGAUAAAGAUUAAAAAAAUAAAAUUAAAAAAAUUACUAAAUAAUCCUCUUACAGGAAUGCAUAAGGGUAUUGCCUUCCAGUCGUGUUAAUUACAGCUGUCCCUUAUAAGGGAAUUGUUUUUCCAAAUUAGUACACAAAUAAGGAAGAAAAGGGCACAGCUAAAUUAUAAAUUCAAGGUGCCCUAAACCACCCAUGAAAUAGAGAUACCACACACACACAGUUCUUGUUGCAUGACAAAUAUGUUGGCUCAUGUUUAUUUCCUUACACUAACAUAUUGCUCUGUGUUCAUAUUUAGGAUCACAAAGUUGAUGAAUUUGUCAACUCUCCUCUUUAUUCGGUAUUGAUAAUCAGCUAUGAGAUGUUGCUUCGCUCUUUGGACCAAAUACAGAACCUUGACUUUGAUCUGAUAAUCUGUGACGAGGGCCAUCGUUUAAAGAACAGUUCCAUUAAAACCACAUCUGCACUUACAAGUUUGUCUUGUAGCAAGCGCAUUAUUCUUUCAGGUAACCUAGGGUCACAGGAGCCUCAACUGGUGUAUGUGUGCCAUAGACUGCUGUAACGGGCCCUGGGUAACCCGGCUGGUUACCCCUGCUAUUAAUGAAAUAAGAGACCCAUUUUCCCCAGUAACCGGACGACACACCGUUCCAGGGGUACAAGAACCACUUUAUUGGCCACACUCUGCUUUAUACUUUCCCCAUGCAAGGGGUGGGUCACUCAUAUAGACAAUGUCGCCCUUCUUGGGCGCCACCAGCUGCUUGGUGGUAGGGGCUGUAGCUGGUUCCUUUCUCACUGCUAUGUGGUGCAACUGCCCACCCCCCUUCCCAAAUAUACCGCUGCCCCUCUUUCCCUAUCUCCCCCAUCGCUGCCUUGUCCUUGUAGCUUUGUAGGGUCGGAUCGAAGGAUACCUUCCUCUCAAACUCAGCUGGGGUAUUCUAGGGCAUGGAGGCCGGGUCAAGAGUGGGAUUCUGGGGGUAGGUAACUAGUACGGGUGACCUGGGUGUAAGGACCGGAAUGGUUCUCAGAGGAAGGGGGACUGACACGGGGGGCUUGCUUACGGGGCCUUCUACAGGACCUGGUGGGGUGAAAAGGGGCACAUGUGCCUCCCUGAGCCUCAGAGUGUGAGCCGCCUUGGGUGGUGUGGUCUUACUGCCGGGUCAUCACGGGGUAGGCUUUUCCAGGGUCUGGAUGGAGACAAAGGUGGAGGCGAGGUGUCCCAGGUCGUUGCCGAGCCGCACUUCUGCAGGUAGUCGAUCCAUGAGGCCCACUUCUUCUCUCUGGGCUCCAGCGCCCCAAUCUAGGUGACCAUGGGCUGUGGGUAUGUAGUGUACGUUCCCUCAUGCCAUUCGGACGGCGACGGUACCCCCUGUCGAUUCUUCAGGGAUAAGUUGGGGUUGCACCAGGGUUAGAGUGGCUCCGGUGUCUCGGAGUCCCUGGACCUUGCGUCCUUUCAGACGCACUGCUUGUCGGUGGUGGUUCCGGUUACCAUGGGCGGCCUGGGCUCAUGCAGGAUAGUCCAGGCUUCUUCAUCUGAGCUCUGGAACUCUGUGGUGUCAGUCUAUCUCGAAAGAGAAUAGUCUAAAGUGAGUGGGGCAUAAUUACCGGAAAUUAAUAGUGCAUUCAAUCCAAAGCCAACUGGUUACAAGGUACAUAUACAAUAUCAUAAAAUGUCUGCACAGUGUAUGACACAUUUAGAGAAAAAGGAAAAAACAAGGGUUAGUGAAGAGUGGGGUUAGCUGAGCACUGUCAGGAUAUGAUUGCUCUAUCAAGGUUUAACACAAAACCAUGGGAUGGCAAUUAUUCAUACCACCAUAAUCCCUACGAUUUACCUUUUAAACAUAAGUAUGUCUUCAUAUAGUUUUAGACUGAAUGUUUGUAUAGUGCCAUCUAGUGUCAGGUAAUCGCUUUACCUAACAAAUCUGCUUACCAGUUUUGCAUGGUCCAGUUUUUGCAACAUAUUAAUUUGGAUUGAUGAGGAGACUUCAACAUGUGCCCAUAUAAUAUGCAUAGUAUACCUUAUGCUUUGGCAGUUAAAAUAUUGGCAGAUCUCCUUUAAUAAGUGCUAUCCGUACUGGGAAAUGAAAUGUAGGUCAUUUAUUGUGGUCUAUUUUCUGUUAAGGUACGCCGAUUCAGAAUGACCUUCAGGAGUUCUACGCUUUGAUAGACUUUGUAAACCCAGGUAUACUUGGCUCUCUGGGAACAUAUAAAAAAAUAUUUGAAGAACCUAUUAUUAGAUCGAGAGAACCUUCAGCAACAAAAGUAAGCAUGAAUAAUAAAUGUUCAUUUAUUUACAGUAACAGCAAGUAACAACCUUAUUCAGUUUAACAUUUGCACACUAUUGUCAACAUUUACAAAGCAAUCAUUGGCAACUUGCAGAAUUUCCAAUACUUUGAAUUAAACUUCAGUUCAUAAAAUGCUUAUCCAGAAUGACUAGCUGAUCAUUGUGGAAUUUGUUAUCCUCUGCAACCGUGCCAUUUAAAAAAAAAAAAAAAGUAUUUCUCAGGCAGUUGUUCACCAACCACCAGUGUUCUCAGGAUCUCGGUAACUGACCAGGAAUGGUGGCAGUGGUGUCCAGAUCCUUUGACCGUAAUUUUACCACUAAAAAUGGUGACAGUCAUCUGAAUACCAUGGAUAAUGACCGCAAUCUCCAGAUCAUGUAGAUCAUGUAAGAUAUUCCCCAAUGCUUUACAGUGAUAGAGGAUAUGUGACAAGUAAUUGACAUUCAAUAACAGAGGAAAGAGGUGAAAAGGGCCCUGCUCUAACGAGCUUACAGUUUAUGAAGAAGGGGUAAAGACAUUCAAGAUAAAUAACAGCAUGUAACUUGGGAGGAAUUAAUGGAUAAAAUGCCUGUGCGGAAAUAAGUAGAAGGGGAGAGUGAGCUGGGCUAUGGAGGCGAGGGAACGGAGGAAGACAAUUUUAAUGAGUAGCAUCACCCAGGAAGAUGGUAAGCCUUCUGCAAGAGGUGUGUUUUCAGUGAUUUAAAGUACCAGAUCAAAAGGAACAGUGCUUUCCUUGAAAAAUCCUGCAGAUGAUAGUUGGCAGUGUGGUAACAAGGAGAUAUCAGGAGAAGGAACCACAAUAUUUGGAGCCACAGGAACGAGAAGUGGUGUGUUUGUUAGGUAAAGAGAAAAGUGUUAGCAGUUUGAAAGGUACAGGAAGCCAACGUACUGAAUACUAGAACAAUAUCAUCACAGAAGCAUGGGCAGAAAAACAGCCUGGAUAGGUUACACCCCCUGAACAUUAUGGAACGUUGAAAUAAUUGCUGCUUAUUAACAGCUAAGAGUUUGUACAUGGUGGUACUUAUUCCAUCAUUCAUGUCCACUUGCCAAGCUGAUAGGUUUGAGGAUCCCUUUUGUUCUUUAAAAAUUGUGUUUGUAAAUAGCACUAUAGGGAUAUAGCUCUGUGUUUUCCUCACAGAUGUUAAUGCAUAUCAUUCCAAUAUUAUAUAUAUUUUAAACCCCAGUAGCUACAGCAUUGUGAUACAUUCAGUAAACUGAUUUCUAACAGUGUUACCAUUUUAUUUAAUUUUCCACUAUCUUAUUUUUAGGAUGAGAAAGAUUUAGGCAAAGAGCGAGCUGCAGAACUAGUUCGUUUGACUGGCCUCUUCAUCCUUAGGAGGACCCAGGAGGUUAUUAAUGAUUAUCUGCCUCCAAAAACUGAAAGCAUCGUCUUCUGCAGACCAUCUACAUUCCAGCUGGAUCUUUACCGAAAGCUUCUGAACUCACACCUUGUGAAAUCGUGCUUCCAAGCCUCUGGUGAAAAUAGUCCUCAUUUAGUGUGCAUAGAUGCACUUAAAAAACUUUGCAACCAUCCAUGUUUGUUGUUCAAAAGCCUGCAGGUGAGUCCAGUGCACCUUUUUAGCCAUUAUUACUGCUCACGCUCAAAUAUGGAUUUCAAGAAUUUCAAAUAAAUUUAAUCUUUAAAGUCAAAAUAGGCCAACUAAAACAUAACUUGGAGGUUUUCCAUUCUGCUGUUUUGGUCUAAAAUCUGAAAUAUGUUGAAUUCCUAACAUUUCACCCUGGAGUGAAUAAUCUUAUCCAUGUAAGUAAAGGGUGAUACGUGAAAGGAGGGUGUGAUGUCACCAUACAUGCGACUGGGUGAGACAUUUUGAGUGAGAUUUGACCUAAAGCCUACAACUACCUCUUUGUGGAUUGCUCUGUAUUUUAUGUAAAUUUACAACCGAUUAUAACAAAGCGACCUCUGCCGCAUCUUAUCUACAGACACUCCAUGCUAUAGUGCAGUGUUUCUCAAUCUAUUACGGAGAAGUACCUAUGCAGGGCUAAAAGAAAUAAAAAUCUAAGUACCCAUGCCUCGAUUUAAAUUUCAAGUGAAAUGUGUAGAUACUGAUAUUUGUUAAUCCCUUAUUGGUGAACAAGCCUGAUUAAAAAGGAUAUUUUUAAAAUAAAUAUGGCAUAAUGUGACUGUGUAUGUAACAAGGUGUGUAUAAACUAUUAAUCUGAAGUACAAAAUGAAAAUAUAAUGCAUAAUAGUUAUACACAGAGGACACACACACACAGAUCCAGAGACACUGAUAAACCCACAUUUACACACAGAGGAGACACACACACACACAGAGGAGACACACACACAGGACAGUGACACACAUUUACACACAGAGGACACUGACACACACACACGAUCAGACUGCAGAGAGAAUUGGCUUUAGCAUGGGAUUGCUGGUGAAUUUUGCCUUUAUAUCUUCAGUGUUUUUUGGUGGUGGUGGUGUUUAUAUACAUUUGGGACCACACCAGCAAGGGUUACUCCAACCAAAAAUAGUGUUGGAUAGAUUAACCCUUUAAUGUACUAUAAAUGUUAUAUAUUUAUUUAUAAAAUAUUUUACCAGGAAAGAUACAUUGAGAUUUCUCUUGUUUUCAAGUAUGUCCUGGGUCCACAAAACAAUAUAUACUUUAAUGUUGUUGUGAAUUAUGUUAGGAAUGCAUGUGAUUGGUAAUAUAUCUGUAUACACCCAUCAGAGAUUGACCAAGUAAUAAGAACUCUUACCUUUUCUUUCUUUCUCCAGUUGAAAGCGAAAGAUCCUGGCCACAAUGAGCAUGACUUCUAUGAAAACCUGGUUGAGAUUUUCCCUUGUAAUUACAAUGCUGAUACUCUGUUAGAGUCAGAGUCUGGAAAACUUAAAGUUUUAACAAAUCUGUUAUCAGCAAUACGAGAACACAGUCCGUCGGACAGGUAAUAGCACACAAUUCUUAGUUCUUGUAGCUGAAAUGUCUUUAAAGGGACAUCAUAGGUACCCAGGCCACUUCAGCUCAUUGAAGUGGUCUGGGUGCAGUGUCCCAGGCCCGUUGAAGGUUCACUCAAGACCCCUAAGCAACUUUAGCUUUCUGAAAAAAAGCUUUGGGUGUGUCCUUUUUUCAUUUUGCAAAAAAGUGCAGAUUUAAUAGAAAUGUACACUUUUAUAAAUUAAUAAUCUUACACCCCUUGGCUUUCAAACAGACAACACAUACUUCCUGGUUUUGUUAGCUCAAUGCAGCUGACCUCAAGAGGCAGCAAUUGCCUAAAGCUGUGCUCCUGAACCCUCUCCUCAAGGCACACCUACCAGUCCAGGAUUUAGGGACUAAGGUGUUUAGAAAAAAACAAAAAAAAAAACCCAAAACACCUGAGAGUCUAAAAAAAAAAAAACAACCAAACUUAAGAACACUUUAGACACAUCCAGGUAAUCUCUAAACCCUGGACUAUUAGGUGUGCAUUGAGGAGCUCUGGCCUAGAGCACCUGACUUACAAAGUGUCACGGCUUACCUUAGUUGGGAGUCCGAUAGGCAGAGAUUUAUGCUCACCCUUGCAAUUAAACACAGGCCAAGGUGGUCAGGUAAGAAUUGACCUGGCCUGUGAGUCUGUGCACGGGGGGCUGUGCGGGAUAUUGCUCCAAGUCACAGUACAAGUAAGGACACAAGCAGGAGAAUCGUCGAGGGUAAGCCAAGGUUAGAGGAAGUCAGGAUACACGAUGCGAAAUAGCCAAGGUCAGGAGCAAAACGAUCUGGAUGCACAAAAACAGGAACCAGACAGCAGAACCAGAGUCAAUGAACUAACACUGCCCUCAGGCAGAUGCAGUGUCUUUUACCUGGCUAAUCAGUGAUACUUUACAGCUGGACCACGAUUGACAGGAGCAGUCAUAGGUUGGAGACUUGGCAAGGAUAAGUUUCAGGCUAAACCAAGAACCGAAGUGGCUCAGUGGCAGGAACACAGGCUGAGAACCAUAAAGCACCCAGGUUCAAAUCCCUUGUUGGGCUCUUCUGGGGCGACCUCGUCUGGCAGUCUGUAUGUCGCGGUGAGAACCGUGACACAAAGACUUCUGAUUGAGCUGCAUUGGGAAGCCUGUGAUUGAAAAGCUACAGAAAGUCUGGGUGGGCUUAAAAGGAAAAGCAGUUGGAAAAACAUAAUUUGUCAGCUCUUUUUUUUUUUUUUGCCUAAUUGUUGCAGUUUCAUUGUUGUAUCACUGUGUUUUUUUUUUUGUGAAUCACCCCCAACAUGUAAACCGAUGUCUAACUUCUGUAGGUUUUGCUUUGCAUUUUGUUAUUUAUGUAAAGUUACAUACACACACAUUUUGACCUUAAAAUUAAUACUCAUGUUGCUUGUUGUCCUAUUCUUAGAAGAAAAUUUCAAGAUAUUUGCAGCAAAUUUAUAGCUCCUACUCUGUAAAUUGAGCUAUUCGCAGAGCAGGAGGUAAGAAAUUCUAAAUUAAAAAGAAUUUGCAAUAGUGUCCCUUUAACGCAAUCAGGGAAAAUACUCUACCAAACCUGAAACAUUUGUGACUUAUUCUAAAGUGAAAAUAGAUAAGAUAAAGUGACCAUAUAUCCAAGUUUAUUAGUAGAGCUCUGGUUUGUGUUUUCAGCACCAUUACAUGAUCUCUAAUGGCAGGCACUGUAUCACAUGCUCAGACAACAAGCAUGUAGUGAUUUUUCUUGUAUUUGAGUUUUACAAGCCUUACGUUUUUGUUUGUAGAGUUGUCCUGGUCUCCAAUUAUACACAGACAUUAAACGUAUUGCAAGAAGUGUGUAAACAUCACGAAUACAAGUUCACAAGAUUAGAUGGACAAACUCCAGUUUCACAAAGGCAACAGAUUGUGGAUGGCUUUAACAGCAACUACUCUUCCAGCUUUAUCUUUUUACUGAGCUCCAAGGCUGGUGGCGUGGGUCUGAAUCUUAUCGGAGCAUCCCAUCUGAUUCUUUAUGACAUUGACUGGAACCCUGCUAAUGAUAUACAGGUUUGAUAAUGUCUUACUGAAUAUGUCCCAGUUAAUGAUCACUUAUUAUAGAUUAUCUCACUUUCCUGACUCAUUGUUCUGCUUGUUGUUUUUUAUUUAUUUUUUUGAUAUAUAGACUAAUGGCGGUUGUGGUUAAUAAAGGUAUUGUGUGACAAGGCAUGUCCUAGGUAAAACAGACUUUUCUUCAUUUGCUAUUUUGUAUCCAAACACAAAGUGAUAAUGUGCAACGACAGGAAACAAUAAGUGUUAUCUGAAAAGAAAGUUAGUUGGAACUUAAAGGGACACUCCGGUCAUAUAACAACUUCAUGUAAAUAGAGUGGCUUGGUGCUUUUUUUUUAGGAAUAAGGAACUAUGGAUCGACUUAGAGAGUCAGCUGACCUCUCUAGCCAAUCAGCACAUAAGGUCAGAGUGUGCCCAAGGGCCUCCUGGCACCAUAACAGCUUGUCGGAAUGUUCCUUUAAUUGUAUGCUAUCCAUGCCUGUAUUAAAGAUGUAGUUACACCUUUAAAUUACAGAUGUGAGAAGCUCCUUUAGAAUUCUCAUACAUGCUGUUAUAAACUGCCCCUAAAGCUCUGAGAGGUGUAUGCACUGAACACUGAAUUGUAGUGGAUUGGAAACUGAAUUGAAAAAUUUAGGGAAAAGUGCUGAUUUGAGGAAAUUCUCCAACUUCUCUAUAGUAACAUUUGGAGAUUUUAGCAUACAUUUUGCCAUUCAGUUUUUACUCUCCUGCAGUUAAGUAAAUAAAAACCCUUUAAUGUUUUAGGUUGUUAUACUGUUUUGUUGUGGAUAAGAGUCAAUGUACAAAUAUUCUUAUUGGUUGAUGUUAUUGUCUUUAAGGAAGUUCCUGCUGUCAAACAAUAUGGGGUUCAUAAUGGAUUGUCAUGAAUCUUUGGGGAAUGCGGUUAUUGCCCAGGGAGUAAUUUACCAUUUGGUUAUAGAGUUGCUUGCGGGACCGAUGCCAUUCAAAAUAUUUUAUGAUUAGACUGCUUUGUUUAGCUGGGCAAGCGAUCUUGUUGUAUAAACACACUCACACACCCAGAUACACACAAAUAACAGUGGAUUUAUAUAUAAUAUUGCAAACAUACAUGCACACACGCAGUUAAAGGUAUAUAGUCCAUGCCCAAACACAUUCUUAAUACUGGGAUUUAUAUAACUAUAUAUUAUUACAAAUUUUGCAGCACUGUACACUGUGUGGACUAACACACAUAUUAGUAACCAGACGAGUUGGACGCACAGAAACAGAGGGGUUGAGGGCACUGCCCAAUGAGUUUACGUACUACAGGGAGUGGGGUAUAUAAGAAAAAUAUAAGGGUAUUCUAGAAAAAGACUGCUGGGAGAGGUAGGAGAAGCACCAGGAGAGAGAAGUAUCUUGUAGACUGAAGUUACUGAGGAUGAGAAGAAACGGUUGAUGAUCAACUGUGUCAAAAACAGCUGAAAGGUCAAGGAAGUUAGGAUAGAACAGUGACCACAAGAUUUUGCAGUGAUUAGAUCAUUAUAUCUAUAAAUAUGGAAACAUUGUACAAAUCUCUUACCUAAAUGUAUUACCGUGACUGGUGACGUCCGCUACAUAAAAAUACUGAUUGUGUAACUCACACUACUUACCAUCACCUAAUAAAGUCUCAGCACUUUAAAACUGUACAUUGAAAGGAGAAAAAUAAGAACAAAAUAGGAAAUAAUUGAUGGUUAUAUGAUGACUCUGUAUUCCUCCAACAAUGGUAGAUACAUCCAGUUGAUAAAUUAUAUAGUUUUCUGCCAGCAGGUGUCACUGUCAUUACAGAUUCUAAUUAUCUACAUUUCAUGCUUCCACUAGGAAUUUAUGGAAUGUUGUCCAUUUCAGUAAAAUGUUUGUUACAGCUCAAAAAUACUAGUUUCUAAUCUGGACAUUAUAAUAUCUGUAAUCUCUGAAUGGUUUUGGCAUUCAUAGUUUAGAAAUCUUUAGUACAUUUUAAAAAUUCAAGACUUUCCAAGGUUCUUUUGGGUUCUUCCCUGUCUGAGCAUCUCUUAUAUCUCAUCACCCACAUCGACAUUCCCGUGUCUUCCUGAUUGUCUGAUAUUGCCUUAUAGACAUCCUUUCACUCUUUAAAAUAAACCCAGAAGUACCUUCCUUUCCUACAUUCUUUCCAUUGCCUCCUUUUUUUUGUGCUCACUAUCCUUCCAUCUUGUCACUGUAGGUUUUUAGUCUAGUUCUCCAAUUCUAUUACUCUUAAUGCAGGAUGAAGGUGCAUCAGAGAAUUAUCUCCACCUGCCAUUUCAGUUAUCCAAUAUCAUUUUCUCUGUCUCAAAACGCCAUGUCCACUUUCUUGACGUUAUCAGUUUUAUUUAUUGCAAUUCCUGCCUGCUAAAUGUGCAUCACCACUCAGAAAUGACACUGUCUGUGUAAUCCUCAACAUGCCUUGAUCUGCUUGUGUCUUUCCUCUUCUGCAAAUAAAUGUCCGUUCUAGUAAUACAAUAUUUUAUGUAGCAGGUUUUUCAAUUCUUGUAAUGCAGACGGAUUUGUAUAACCAUAGUUUCUAUGUUUAGGCCAUGGCUCGAGUAUGGAGGGAUGGUCAGCGUCGAACUGUACACAUCUACAGACUUCUUACCACAGGUCAGAAUCAACAUCCUGUAUUCUCACAUUGCCGUGUGAGGAGAAACUGAGAAGAUGAGACUAUAUCAUUGUGGUUUUUUUUUUUUUUUUAAUAUUAUUUUUGAGUUGUAGAUAAUAGGCCAGAUGACUGCCAAGUUAUUUUUAAAAAAAUACUACUUUUUUUUCUUUCUUUCUUUCUUUCAGGUCAAACUAUUUAAGGGCAAUAUGAUAAUAUUGUCAUCCAAAAAUUACAAUAUCUAUUGAUCCAUGUCUAACGGACAUUAAAACACAACAGGAAAACCAAACUUUAAACAAUUUACAGAAUAAUGGAAUUAAAAAUCAGAAUACAAUAUCUAAAGUUAUUUAAAAUAGUGAAUAAAGUUUAAAUAAUUUAUUGAAAAUAAAGGGGUUUAACAAAUGCUAUCCGAACAAAAGCAGUUUGUUUUUUAAAAAUCUGAUCAUGUGUUCUAUUAUGAAAGUCUAUUCAACUAGGUAAGUACCUAUUGGACUUGAACCUAAAACACUUGACUAAAGAGAAUGACAUUCUUGAAGAAGCUAUAACUUCCAAAGGAGUCGGUCUUUAUUGCCAACAUAAGAACUUCCAAUACUCUUUUUAAUAGUAUGUGUGCUCAACUAAAGUCAACAGCUCUAAAUCUACCACUUCUGACUGGUGCAUAUAUUUAUGUAAACGGCUUCGUCUACCGGUACUGACUGACAAAUAAAAAAAAAAAAAUAAUGAAUUCCUAGAGUUAAGGUAUAUAAAAUAACUUUUAUUGAUAUUAAUUUAAAAAUCAUUGCAAUUAACCAAACUAUAAUAACAUUUCCAAUCACAAAAAGGUUCUGCAACAGGCUGGCCAGACUCUUGAAACAUAUUACAAUAAAUGUAUCAAAAACACAAUGUCUACAUUGUAAGAAUCUCUUGAUUACACUUGUAAACAUUGUUAGCUGCCCCUAUAUGUCAAAAAACACCGCUAGCAGAAAUAUACAGAGGUCAAAGAUAUUAUAUUGCCAAAAAUUCACAGCCAGGUAAUAAUCAAGUAAAUAGUGAGCAGAAAGUAUAGUAAAUAUAAAGUAUGCCGAAAGGUCCUUCGAGGGGCACCUUUCACUAAAGUUAUAAAGAAGUAGUCCCGCUGUAACUAAAUGUGUCUGAAAUAAGAAAUUGAGGGAAUUGAGAAAAUAAAGGUUAAAAUUAACAAAACCGCAACGAUUUCUAUGCCAAAGCCACGGUUGCUUUUCUCUCAAGCAAUGCUCUGAUCUGCAACAUUUUGCAAAAGGCAAGGAGAUUUCAGCAAUAGCAUCUAUUGGGUACUGCACCCUCCCAUUCUUUUUCCUAAAAUCAAUUGGGACCAACUCAUAUUUUGGGUAUUUAUGCUGACUGGCACAUAUAUUUAUAUUUCAUAUAUCCCUCAGGUACUAUAGAAGAAAAAAUCUAUCAAAGACAGAUAAGUAAGCAAGGUCUGUCGGGAGCGGUCGUGGACAUAGUCAAGAAUUCUAAUCACAUACGAUUUUCUUUGGAUGAACUAAGAAACCUCUUCACACUGCAUGAAGACUCAGACUGCGUAACCCAUGAUCUGCUGGAAUGUAAUUGUACAAAAUUAGCAAACCUCUCAGGUAAACCCAUCUCAGCUCAUCUAAUUGCAAUUCUUUCAAAGGCAGUCAGAAUAUUCUCAAGAUUAAUAAGUUGCUCAUACUGGGGAAACCAUGAUCUGCUGGGGUGUGAUUGUACAAAUUUAGAAAACUAUUCAAUCAAACCCGUGUCAGCUCAGCCAAAUUAAUUAUUUUAAAAAUGUUAAAUAUUCAUUAGGUUAAGAUCAUAAGAUGCCACAUUCCAUAGUCACAGUUAGCAUAGUAACAAACCAAUGACUUUUUUUUUUUUUUUUUUUUUAUAUGCAUCUUUUAAAGGGACACUGUAGGCACCCAGACAACUUCAGCUCAUUGAAGUGGUCUGGGUGCAAACUCCCAUCACCUUUAACCCUAAAGUGGUAAUUAUUGUAGUUUUUAUAAACUGCACUAAUUACCUGCUAGGGUUAACUCUUCCUCUAGUGGCAACCACUAGAGGGAUUUCCGGGCGUGAAGGCAACUUAACGAUGCUUGACGGGCUUGAACGACGCUGGACAUCCUCACGCUAUGCAUGAGGGCUUCCAGCAUCACCGGAAUCCACAUAGGAAAGCAUUAAAUAAUGCUUUCUUACGGAAAAAUCCUAAUGCGAGUGUGGCCAUUGCUGCGCAUGUGCAUUUGGUCUCCCCUGUCGGCGGGGGAGGAAGGAUGGCGGAGCUGAGCCAGCGCAGAAGGACAUUGGCGCUGGACCCAGGUAAGUGACAGAAGGGGUUAUCAACCCCUUCUGCACCACGGGGGUGGGCUUGACAAAGGGGGAAGUUAUAGUGCCAUUAAAAUUAGUUUGUUUUCCUGGCACUAUAGUUUCCCUUUAAUAUUGCUUGUUCAGAUAUAUAUUCCUGUCCUCUACUGCAAAUGCUGGAAAACAGUUCAAUCUGUUUUCCAGAUCCUAUGACAGUUUAUGCAAAAUAAUAUUUAGUUGUUUGAUUAUUUUUUAUUUUCCCCGUAAAUUAUUGUAAAACCUUAUUUUGAUCCUCUUUUAUUUUAUUUCUUUUUUUCAAUGUUAAAGGUUUUUAAUUUUGUGGGGAAGAGUAAUAAGCCAACACAAAAUAUGUAAAACAAAGUUUUUUCCAUCAUAAAUUACAGUCCUAACAAUAUGAAAUGACGACUACAAUGUAUUUCAAAUAUUUACAGCUGAUGUUAUUUUAUCCUUGCAUUUUUCCAGCAGAACAGAGAGAAAAAACGUCCACACAGAAGAGGGGCUGUCAGCUUGGCUCCCACCACAGUCAGCCCGAUAAGAAUUUCUCCAUGUCUGAACUGAUGCAGUGGAAACAUUUCUCAAUGCAGAAUAGCUUUGAAGAUCCCUUUCUGCAGCUGGGAAAAGAAUCCAUUUCCUAUGUUUUCCAGAACACCACAAACAGCCAAACAUCAUAA